UUCCGUCCUGUGUCAGGAUAACAUCGUAAACGAGGACCACCUGACGGUAAGACCGGACUAAAUGGAAGCAGCGGAGAAAACUCUCACUUACCGAGAUGACACCGGACUUCACAGCAAGCUGCUCACGGACGACAAGAGUAAGGACAGCGGGAAGGGGAAGGAGCGGGCCACAGAGACGAACAGCGACGAGUCCAACUAUGUGGAUCUGGACAUGAAACCUGACGGGCCGAAAACGGUGAAAGUGACUUUCACCGGUGAAGGGAACCAGCUGUCUGUGAUCAAAUGCGACAGCUCGAAGCAGCAUGAGAGUAGGAUCAUUGCGGAGCAGUUUGCUGAGGAGCAGUCGGAGGACGAGAGGGACGCCGGACCUCCGUCUGCUGAGCCUCCACUGGAAACUCUGAUCCAACUUCCCAACACCGAUCAGGACUCAGAGAAUGAGAGGCAGCGCCAGGCCGAGCUGGACCCCAGUGACUGCAGCGAACAUGUGUGCAGUGAGAGCGAUGAGCUCCAGUACACGGACAUGUAUCUGAACAGCAAGACCGAGUCCGACGACGGCGCCAGCGCGGUGCUGUCCGACCACUGCGGCUCCGACACGGUGGAGGACGAGUCCCACUAUAUCACGACGCACGAAAUCCAGCUGACCGAGCUCGACCACGACGUAGAUUACGACCUGGGCAGAGGGACGUGCUGGGAUUUCGAAGACGACAACCUGGUCUAUUCCUUUGUGGACUACGCUUCUUUCGAAAGCGAUGAAACUCAGGAGGGGACUUUGAUACUGGAGGGCAGGAGCCAGGCGAAAGUGCAGUCUAAUCUUGGUGGAGCAGUUGUCAGCACUGAGCAGGAGGAGAGUGAUCUGUGUGACUCGGACAAAUGCGCCAGCUCAGAUGAAAGUAUGUGCAAAAACCACAGCGGAGACCCCAAUGCAGGGAAAAUUCACUUUUCGAUAAAAACAUCCUCCAGAGCAGUGAACGACCCCGUCGGUGUCUUUGACGGCAGCACAUGCGGCUACACAAAACACUUUGGAGACAGGAGCCAUUUCUCCUUUGUGAGCUCUGGCGCCAGAGCAGGGCCCCUGUGCGAUAGAGCCCAAUAUUUCAUCCCUGCUCCGGGCCGUCAGCACCUUGCAACCAAACUGAGACGGAAAGAUAUUAAUGAGUAUUCCAGCGGAGCGUCCAGCUCCAUCAGCGAGCUGGACGACGCUGAUAAAGAGGUGCGUAAUUUAACCGCAAAGUCUUUCCGGAGCUUGGCAUGUCCAUACUUCGAUGCCAUUAAUCUUAGUACCUCCAGCGAAUCUUCUGUGUCGGAAUAUGGGCUAAAUAAAUGGUCAGCUUAUGUAGAUUGGAACUAUGGAAACAUAUCGAGGGGACGAGAGCGCAGCGUAAUUGCGCACAAGACUUCCAGCGCAACGUUGGAAAUGAACAAGGUUGUGGACAGUAAGAGGCAUGGUAAGUCUGUUACCGGCAUGAAAGCUCCACAAACCAAAAUGUAUGCCCUGAACAGGAGAACAACGUCUCAACAAUCAUCAUCGUCUAGUAAAAAGAUCCAACUGAAGGAUCCUGUUCAGCCGGCGCAGCGUGGAGUCACGUUGAAUUUCCGCUGUAACGUUCAGUCUCACGAAUCAAACAGGGGUUCCAAAUGUUCCAAGAAGGCUCGAUCCAAUGAGUUCACCGGGACUGUGUUGGCCAGGUCAGGGUGUGAGAUGCAGUACCACCACACAGACAGCAUGGGGGACACACACAAAAGGGCAAUUUUUGCAUCCAGUUUGCUGAAAAAUGUGAUUUCCAAAAAGAUGCAGUUUGAACAGGAGCGCAAAAUGGAGAGGGGGGAAAUCUGUGACACAUACCCAUCACUCUCCCCCUGUUUUCAGAUAAAAGAUCAAGACGGGGUCAAGUGUCAAGGAAGAGGCUUGCAAAGGCAAACCUCAGAGUCAGGCUCAGGAUUUACUGUUAAUUCUGGUGAUGAUCAGGGCAGAUCUAGUUCCUGUGGGCCUGCAGAGGAGACGAAAGGCAACAAAGUCCCAGAUGAUUCAGAGAAGGGCCAAGAUGAGCAUCAGAAAGCGCCACUCAUCCACAGUCAAAGUAGUGCAUUUAAUUCUUUAAAGGAAGAUGGGCUGGAAGCCGUGAAGGAGGCCGAACCUGCAUCUGUGAGUGACACACAGACCACAGUGAAGGAAGGAUUAGACACCAGCAGCAUGCUGACAAAACUGCUUUUUGUUCCAAGCUGCCAGCUUCUUUCAAAGGAGAGGGAUUUUACAGAAGCUGUCACAGUUGCACCUGCUGGCUCACAGAAAUGUGAAAAAGAGCUAAAAAUGGGCAAUGAGGAACACGUAGCAGGCAGAGAAGAAAACGGGAAGGAGGGGAAAACACCUGAGAUUAAAAUACGCCUGAGAAGCGUGAAAGAAAACAAAGGCUGUACACUGAACAUUGCCAAUCUGUUAACCCCUAAAAUAAGUUACAACGUCAACACAUUCAGAGCAGCAGAUGAUACCAAAUGCCAUGUGUUGUCUGCGGUAGAUAAGGUUCCAAACUUCACAGUUAGAGACAUAAGAGACACCAAGUGCAAGUUUCAAACACCAAUAUAUCAUGUCAGGGAUGUGCGUAAAUUGGUAAAAAGCUCAUAUCGCUUUGUUUCUUUGGAUAAUAGUGAUGGUAAAUGUACCACAGCAGGCGACAAACCUGAGGGAAAGGCCAAAAUGGAGCCAGUCAAACAUUUGUUACCAUCUCCUAUUGUGAUUAAAUGCAACUCUGUUAAAACAAAUGUUAAAUCACAAACAGCUGCUGCGUCACAGAAACAAGCAGAGGCAGGAACCACAUCUGAAACAUCCCAAAGUGAAAAUACAGCUUGUACAGCUAGCAGGGGGGUGUCGGUUGUAACCAAGCAGGGUUAUACUGACCAAUCAGAGAGUCAAGCAAAUCCUGAAAGCAAACAAGCAAAACAGAGGCAGGAAAAGUUCACAGGUGAGACGGCUGAGAGGAGAAAUGAGCCCACGGUACCAAAACAGGAUGCACUGGAGAAACUGAAAGCCGCAGUGAAAACAAUGGAGCAACUUUAUGUGUUUGAUAGAAAUGAAUGGAAACGUAAAACUCAGGCUCCACAUCCCAUCGCUGACAGUCACGUGUUGUCACUCAUUGCCAGGGAGGAGCAGGGAGGGGAGGAAGUGGAGAUGACAAACGCUGACAGGAUUCCUUUAAUAAAUACCACAGAAACAGGGAAGCCACAGGGAGAUAAAAGGGCGCUGAAUAUCAUACAUGUUCCUUAUAACAAUGACACCUUUAAAACACAAUCCCAACAAGGUAAAACAUUCACUAACAAAAGCAUCCUUCAUUUUGGUAAUAAAACCCGUGUCAGUGUUAGUUCAGAUAGUAACCCUGUUCCACAAAGCUCUGCACUGCAAACAUCGCUGACCACGAAAAGCUCCAACACAGCGGUGGCUCCUCUCUCGGUGAAAAUAGAGCCACCGAAACACAGCCCGGUGGAGCAGGGGAAGGUCAAAAUCAGUCCCACUGCCACACAGGCCUGCUCAGACUCUGAGAACUAUUUAACCAUACCAGGGCUGGGAUACACAAAUGAGAUCAAGCUGCUGAAUCCAGAGCCUGCUUCAAGGGAUUCAAACAGUAGUAAAACCCACGCAGGAAGCAGCAAGGGACCUGAGCAGAAAAGGUCUCCGUUAAUCAUGGAGUACCCGGCCGCAACCAUCUACCAUCACUCAGCGGCAGCGUCAGGGCCUCAGAUCCAGCAGCAGGUGUUAUGUUUCUCCCCCACAGUCCCCACUGUGUCUCCUACACCUUCUACUGGAGAUUCAAUCCAACAAACCCAGCGCAAGAUGCUUCUGGACCCCACAACAGGACACUAUUACUUGGUGGACACUCCCAUACAGGCCACUACUAAGAGACUGUUUGACCCUGAGACAGGCCAGUAUGUGGACGUACCAAUGCCUCAUUCACCUGUCGCUCCUGUCACCCCUGUCACCCCCGUGCCUCUCUCUUUGUCUCCCCUGGCGCUCAGCCCAGGAGCGUUCGCCCCCACCUACAUGAUCUACCCCGGCCUCAUCCCUUCGCCCACUUUGGCAGCCCAGGCGGUGUUGCCUCAGUCCCCUUGUCACUCCGAGGAUGCAAUUGGAGAAAAGGUCAAAAAGGCCAGAAGUCCUCGGCCGGAGAGCCACGCGGUAGGUGCAGAGAGCGCGUAUUACAGCGCAACAGGUGAAGCUCCACAGGGGCCGCUGCAGCUACCUGUGAGUUUGGGACAUGUGACCACCAGAGGAAGCGUGGCGAGCUCUGAGAGGAAGCCAGUCAUCAGCAUCACAACGCAACAAGGUCCAAGAAUCAUCGCCCCUCCCUCCUUUGAUGGAACAACCAUGAGCUUUGUAGUGGAGCAUCGGUGACCAAGAGAUUAUCUCUUCAGACAUGUAUCUCUGUUGAGGAAUCUGCCAUCAUUCACUGUAAGUGUCACCCCACCCUGCGAUCUACUGCCAGGACAACUUCUGCCGUCAUCUU